GAGGGGAGAUUAUUUGGGAGUUGUGUCAUUUUUUAAAAGGGCAGGAGUGAAGUGUGCUCGUGACAGGAACUGACGUUAUUUAUUAAUAUUGAAUGGGAGUUUGGGCUCUGAAAGGUCAAGUUGGAGGGUCGGUCAUUCUGAAAAGUUUAUGUGUGAGAUGUAAAUUUGUUUGAAAUGAGGUAGAAAUGACGGCCGUGAUGAAUUUGUCAACACAAGAGGAGAGGGAUGCUACUGAGGCCUGGAGCAAUGGCUCCUCUUCAUCUGGAAAUGGAGCAACGGAAGAGGGUAAUUUCUGGUACCAGUAUAAAGCCCUCAUCAUUCGUAAUUUUACUAUCAAGGCCAGAGACCGUCGAAGGACUAUAACAGAAUUUCUCAUGCCCUUAUAUUGGAUUGCAAUUUUGGCAAUUGUAAGGCUUACGACUGGAAGCACUACAUUUGAUCCUGUGCUGACACCACAAGGAACAGGUUUUCUCACUGAAAUACUGCAAGGAAGGCUAAAUGGAGCUACACUCCAUGUAACUCCUGAAAAUGAUAAGGUAAAGGACAUUAUGGUCAAUGUACAGACUAUAGCUGCUGAAUAUUCCACAAUUCUUUAUACGCAGUACUACAGCACAGAAGAAGAUUUGGUAGAUGCAUUUAAGCACAACAUGUCUGUGGAUGCAGCUGUAGUGUUUCCUGCUAGCCCAGAUGUCAAUAGUUCCUACAUACUUCGUUUCAAUGUUCUGAAGCAUUUUUUGCCGUCACCAUCUAGUAGAUGGACUGGAAGGCAGGAGUGCAGAGAGUUGAAUCCACCAUUAGGGCUACAGUUUGGAGGAUGUGCCCCAAAUAACUAUUAUUUUUCCGGAUUUUCAUCUCUCCAGUUACUGAUCGAGACUGCAUUGAUAAGGAUGAAGACUAGUAUGAAGGAUGUAUCUCUACCAGAAAUUAGUCUGCAGAAUUUUCCCAAAGGAACUUUUACUAGUGAUGGGACUACAGUGCUCCGCAGUAUUGUCCCUUUGUAUAUGGUUUUCGCAUGGGCCCAGUUCAUAAUAUACCUGAUGAUGCUGGUUGUUGAAGAGAAAGAGAAGAAGAUCAAGGAAGGCAUGAAGAUGAUGGGGUUGAGAGAUUCUGUGUAUUGGCUGUCAUGGUUUUCUGUCUACUUCAUGUAUGUGUUACUCCUAGCUGUGAUCUGCAUCAUAGUCCUCCCGCUUGCAAGAGUUUUUGUCAAUGCCAACCUAUUCCUUCUGUUCUUACUCUUCAUAUUAUAUGGGUCAUCAUCCAUUGUUUUUGCUCUGAUGUUGACCCCAUUCUUCAACAAGGCAAAAGUGGCUGGAGUGGUGGCGAAUCUACUACAAGUGGCUAUGAGUCUUUUGUACUACCUUCAAGUGUUCCUCGAAGAUGACAUGGGUCAAGGAGCCUUCUGGGCCCUAGGUCUUCUCUCGCCAUGUGCCUUUUCCCUCGCUUUAGACAAGGUGAUACUCUUUGACUCCAGAAGCGAAGGGCUGAACUUCAGUAACAUAUGGGAUGGUCCUGGCCUCCCGUUUGCAGGAAGCUUGAUAAUGAUCUCAAUAGAUAUUUGUCUCUACCUUUUCCUGGCCUUCUAUCUUGACAAUGUUCUGCCAAGUGAAUAUGGUACCAAACGAAAACCCUGGUUCAUAUUUGAAAAGUCCUUUUGGUUCCCCAGUCGCAAGAACUAUCAGAUGAGCAACUUGACAUCCUCGAACAACCUCAGUUUUGACUAUGAAGAGAUUGAACCUAACCCUGAUCUGGAGCCUGUAGCAAAGGAACUAAAAGGGAAAGCAGCUGUUCGCAUUAGAAAUCUGAAGAAAACCUUUCACCCCAAGGGAAAAGAUCCUAUUUACGCCGUUGAUGGUAUAAGUUUAGAUGUUUACGAGGGACAAAUUACUGCUAUCCUUGGUCAUAACGGAGCAGGGAAGACAACCCUAUUUAACAUUCUCACUGGAAUGACGGCACCAACAGGGGGCACGGCAUCUAUUUUUGGCAUGGACAUCAGUGAUCCUAAUGACUUGGUUGACAUUCGGCGAAUAACAGGUGUAUGUCCCCAGCAUGACAUCAUCUUCUUAAACCUAACUCCUAGAGAACAUCUCAGCUUUUAUGCUCGAAUUAGGGGUAUCCCUUCCAAUAAGGUUGGGGAAACUGUAGAGCAGACAUUGCAGGAGGUGGACCUCAAAAGUAAGGGUGACACCAAGGCUGUGGAACUCUCAGGUGGACAAAAGAGGAAAUUGUCAAUAGGAAUAGCUUUGAUUGGAGACCCAAAGCUUAUAUUUUUGGACGAGCCAACAGCUGGGGUUGAUGCUUACUCUCGCAGGAAGCUUUGGAGUUUGUUGAAGAGCCGUAAGGAAGGCAAGGUAAUUUUACUGACAACUCAUUUUAUGGAUGAAGCAGACAUCUUAGCUGAUCGGAAGGCUAUCGUUUCAAAAGGGAAGCUGCGCUGUUGUGGAUCAUCUCUGUUCCUGAAAAACAAAUUUGGCCUGGGUUAUCAUUUGACGUUAGUUGUGUCAGAUGACUGUGAUACAAAUAUUAUCCAGAACAUUGUGCAGUCUGUGAUUAGUAAUGCACAACUAAUGAGGCAUUAUGGAAAAGAAAUGUCCUUCCUGUUACCAUCUGAUACAGCAGAAUCUUUUCCAACACUAUUCCUAAACUUGGAUGAUCAUAUGAAAGCAGAAGGGAAUUCUGUUGUAGAAGGCUAUGGCAUCUCCAUGACAACUUUGGAAGAGGUGUUCUUAACCUUAAGUGAAGAAAAUGAAAGUACAGGUCAACAGUCUCUAGGCGACAUUAGCCAGAUGGUAAGAGAGAGACUAACCUCAUCCUCACCCCAGCAUUCAACAUCACCUAUUAACUCCAAUGCCCAAAAUGGCCAAGUGCCAGAUAACAACCAAGAAGGCUUUGCACUUGAUGCUGUUGAAGUCAGGCCAGAUCCAUGGAGAACAUACAAGGCUAUGUUGAAGGUUCGAUUCAUUAGCUUGUUACGAGAAAAGGUGGCCAUGUUUUUCUUGAUAGUUUUCCCGCUUGGGUUAACCAUUGGUGCAAUUGCUGUUUUAGACACGCAGCAAGUAAAAGUACCCACAGAUGAGCUGUUGAAUCUUAACACAUGGAUGUAUAGUGAAGAGUUGUCAGGUGCCCUUGUACAAAAUAACACAGCACAUACAUUGACACAAUUAGAGGACACUCUAAGUUCCGCAGGAAUGUCCUUAUCUCCGUAUGAUGGAAAUUUCACAUCACUAUAUAACCUCAGACCUCAUUUCACUGCCUUGGAUGUUAGCCGUUUUCCAGAAGACAAGAUAAAUGAUUCAGCAUCGUUGAAUGUGAGGUUCAAUGAUUCUUACAUCCAUGCAAUACCCAUCAUGGUAAAUCUUCUUAGCAAUGCCAUACUCAGAACUUCUGGGAUCCUUGACCAAAUCUCUGUUGCUACUCAUAACCUGCCAAGUUUCCAAAGUUUGCCGAGCUUUGAUACAUCAACCUUUUUUGCUCCAAUGAUGAUUGGUUUUGUCUACACACUUAUCCCAGCUGCUCUUGGCAUUGAGAUUGUUAAUGACCGAGAGAUUGGAGCAAGGAACUUGUUAAGACUGAAUGGCCUUAGCUUUAACCAGUACUUCUCCUCAUUUAUAACUGUUAUUGCAGCUGUAUUCAUGAUACCAUACAUCAGCCUUCUGAUCAUCAUUGUUGCCUUUGGCGUUCCAUCAUUGAUAAUUGGACCAGCUUUUGGUGCCAUUGCACUACUUUAUUUACUCUAUAUACCAGUGGCGUUUCUGUAUAGUGCGGCAUUUGGCUACAUUUUCGACAAAAUGGAAACCGCCAGGCAGUUCUACCCAAACAUUGCUACUACAGUGGGCUUUUUGUCAUACACUGUUGUUUCUGUUGUGGAUAUGGUUGUAGGAAUGCAGACGGAAAACAAUCCAGCCCCAUAUAUACAUAUAAUUUUAGCCAUACUCCUACCUCAUUACAUACCAUUCGGUCUCCUAUAUUACGUUAAUAAGAUAUACCUGUUGUGCUCCAUUACAAAUACCUGUGAUAGUAUAACAGUUAGUGAUUACAUGACCCCUGAGAUCACUGCCCUAUUUGUGGUGGUUAUUGUCGAUAUUCCAGUCUGCUACGUCCUACUGCGGCUAGCGGACACAGUGAAAAUGGGAGGCAGUUGGCGGGAUGCUCUGUGGAUGUCUAAAAAAGGUACAAUGGACUACAGAAACCUAGAGGAAACAGGUAUUGAUGCCCCAACAGGAGAAGACGAUGAUGUCCAGGAAGAACGUAAUGAUGUUGCUGCCUACCUCACUAAUGGCGGUCCUGCUCCUCCUGUGUUGUUAUAUGAUCUUGGCAAGGUGUACAACAAAGGAGCCAAGAAUGCCUGUGGUAAAAAGAAAGAAGAUGAAGAGUUUGUUGCCGUGAAAAGUGUGUCACUGAGUGUACGAGAAGGCCAAGUCUUCGGAUUACUGGGUCCCAACGGUGCUGGGAAGACGACAACUCUUCGUGUUUUGACAGCAGAAGAGGGCCCGACAAAAGGAAGAGUACAAAUCUGUGGCGAUGACAUCCAGUCCGGCCUUUCUAAUGUGUUCCAGAAAUUGGGUUAUUGUGCUCAGCAUGAUGUACUCUGGAAAAAUGUUACUGUUGCUGAGCACAUUGCCUGUUAUGCAGAAAUUAGAGGUGUUCAUCCAGACCAAAUCCAGCCGUUAGUGGAUAUGUAUCUAAAAGGCCUAGAAAUUGAAGAACACAGAGACAAGCAGACCAAAGAAUGUUCUGGAGGCACAAAACGAAAGUUGAGUUACAUUAUCAGCAUGCUAGGUCAGCCAAAAGUUGUUCUCAUGGAUGAACCAUCAACAGGGAUGGACCCUCAGUCAAAGAGGUUCCUAUGGAAUUCUAUCUUAGCUUCUUUUAAGGGGAAUAGGAGUGCUAUUCUGACUACUCAUUCCAUGGAAGAAGCGGAUGCACUUUGUUCCAGAAUUGCAAUACAAGUGCGUGGUGGUUUAAGGUGUAUAGGAUCUGUUCAACAUCUUAAAAACAAGUAUGGUGGAGGAUAUACUCUUGAACUCAAGCUUCUGAAGCAAGAAACAUGUGCUGUGUCUGUAAAUGGUGAAAGCCCCACCCAUACCCCAUUGGAUGAAACUAUCGUGACAAAAGUUAAAGAGAUUAUUAUGAAUAGUUUUCCAAAUGCUGAGUUAGAUGAAGAAUUUGGGGAGUUGCUACAUUACAAGAUUCCUCAGUCCGAUAUCAAGAGUCUAGCCGAUUCGUUUGCUAUGCUGGAAAAGGCUAAAGGUGACAGACUCAUCAGUGAAUAUGCGCUGAGUCAGACAACACUCGAGCAAGUCUUUUUGCAGUUUGCCCGUCAGCAAGAAGAGGACGUCGAAGAGGGUGAGGGGAAGUAAGCAAAAUGUUCUGGAAUGUUGAUUUAGGGAAGACGAUACGUGUAUUUGAUUUAUAUGUUAUUCAGGUGAGAAUAAUUUAUUUGCUUUGAUGUGUUUUAAUUUAUCUUUCGAGCCCUGUGAUCUGUUGUUCUCUACAAGGCACAAGUUAUAAUUGUUAAUUUUACAAUGCAACUAUUAUGUUAGAGUGACAAAUAUGAAAGUUGUAUUUCCUGUGAUUUUUGUAAUGAAUGUUUGUGUUUUCUAUUUUUGAAUGAAUUCUUGUUUGCCAGUUUAGCUCUUCUACUUUUGACUCAAAUUUUAGGAUUUAAUAUAAAUUUAGUUGCAAAUUGCUGUGAUUCAUAUGACUAUUAGUUCAUAAGAAGAAUAUAUUUUUUAUGUCAAAUGCUUAGCUUGUAUAAAAUAUUUAUUUGUUUUGAGCAAUGUUUCAGUUUAUCUUGUGAAUUGGGAGUGAAUAGUGUGUAUUAUGAUAUGUAACAUAACAGGAGAAUGAGAAAAAAAAGUCUCUCUAUACAUGAAGAUAAAAACUUAUGGCACUUGCUAAAUACAGGCAAAUCAUUGCUUUCUAAUCACUGAUGGUUCCAGAAUUGUGUUGGAUUAUACAUUAUGGUCUACUAUUAGUGGCCACAGAGUAAUCAGUUUCAUAGCUUAUCUUGCUCUCUAUCUAAACCUGAACACUGGCUUUUUCAUAACACUUAUUCCUUACAUGACAUCAGUUGGGACUUUUGUGUGUUCAGUGCCACUAUUAACAAUUUCACUAUACCUUAAGCAGGAAUAAAUGUAAGUAUAAGUGGUUACGAUAUCCACAAUAUCAUUACAGCAGCACUAAUAACUGCAGUGUAACUAAUGAGUGAUCAGACUUAUGUUGUGUAAUUCACCUUUGGAUAUUCAUGAGAAAGUGUAUGGUCUGGAUUGUGCUAUCACAGUAAUCAGUCAUUUCCCCAUAACCCCAAAUUUGAUGAGAUAUUUAACAAAGAUUUAGACAAAGGGGAAAGCUUAAGCAGUACUUAGAUUUUUGUGAGAAAGUGAAAGGAACUUAUGCAUUAUAUACUGCUGUUUACUUCCAAUAGCUUUAUCAGUAAAACCUCCAGCAGUUUUAGCCGUAGGCAUAAAACCACUGGUCCAGUGUUCAAUGUAGUUUUCUCUACUUAGAACCAAGGAGUCAAUUGUCAUGUCUCUUGAUCUCACUUAUUUGCCCUAUUCCAUGAAUUUUGGGUGAAAAAAAGCUUUUUGCAGUUAUAUUAUUUUUGCUAUUAGUGUUAUUAUGGUCAUUAAUAUCACCAUGAUGAAAAUUAUAACAAUGAUAGUAAUAUAAAGUUUUCUUUCACAAAAAUUCAAGGAGUCAGCUAAGUAGGUAUGGUCAGAUUGACUAAGUAAUUGACUCCAUGGUGACCAAGAAUUUCAGUAAACAUUAAGCAAUCUUAAUAAAACAAAACGAUAGUGGACGAUGAAUAUAAACACAUUCAGUCACUUGAUCAACAAGUCAAGUAUAGUGUCUCCCGAAUGUGAAGAAAUUAGCAAAUUACACUUCUAUUCUCGAUCAUUCUGUAAUAAUUGUUACAGGUAUUAUUAUGCAUUUCAUAAUAUUUAUUGCAAUUUUAUAUAGAAGGCAACAUGUCCAACUUUUAUUCCAUUAUAUAUAUUAUUCAGAAAUGAUCUCAGAGACAUUCAGGUUGUGCCAAAAUAUUUAAAAUAAUGCCUUUUCAGUGUCUAAAAUCCAAAUAAGAAAUUGGUUGCCAUACUCAGUGAACUAUACUAGCAGUUACAGGGAAUUCAGGUGUCUGCUUGCAAUUCAGAACAAAUAGAAAGAGGACCAUCAGUUGCCAGAAAGUUGAUGCUGAUUCCAUGUAAUAGAAUGCAUUAGAUGAUAGUAAUUAGAAUGUUAAACAGUACAAAAAUUAAGCAGUUGGUUGUAUCUUCUAGAUUGAAAAUAUGUUUUGAGUUAGAGGAUUAUCUAAUGUUUACCUGCCUAACCAGUUAUUAAGUUUACAGAGAGCGAUUUAUGUAGUAAAGAUAACCAAAGUGAUUGCGUACCUAUGAUGUAGAGAAGAGCAGUAAAGGAAUGUCCAUUAUAUUUUUUAUAGAUGGAUUGUGAUUAUGAACUAAGAAGUAAAUGUUUACUGGUGGUUAUGCAAAUGUGAUUGUAUUCUUUUACAGUCAUGCUGAAACACAUCAGCUCCAAGGUCAAAUACAUUUGGAUGUGAUAACACUUCAUAUUUUUGUUAUUUGUCAGUGUGAGAUGCAUCCCACAGAGACAUGAUAAAUGCACUCUACAGUUUUAUUGUCAUAGAGUAUAAGGAGUUUGAGUAGAAUAUAACAUCAUAUGUAAAACCAGUAGUGAUGGGCAUUCAGCAGUUUUGCUCACAUUGUGACUCAUUGUACUGAUAUUAACAUUAUCAUAUUACUCUUCUAUCAGUGAUGUACAGUCCUUCACACGCCAUUCAAAUGCCAGAAACAAAAUGAAUGUCCUAGACAGCAGGCCUAACAAAUGUUCAUUCCCUUUUUUCAUUAUAUGUCAAUCAAACAAAGGGCAGAGACUUUGUUGUUGUGAGUGUACUAAACCGGGUACGCUUUUUUCUUCCUUCACGGAAGUCUGCCUAGAUAAUUAGAAUUGAAAUAUUGUACUUACUUGUUUUAUUCAUUUUUAUUUAAGAAUAUCCUCACAUUUUAGAAUGUAUUAGAUAUGACAUCUACCAUUUGAUGGUGGGUACUUUUUGAACAGAAAAUUUUGCAGUAUAUUUUUUGGUGAGGGGGUCAUAAAGUUAAUGGUCCUUUAGAAAUAUAGAUAUAUCAAUAACAGAGUUACAUUUUUAAAAUAUUUUAUCUUUAUUCAACAUGAUGAUUAAGGAAAUAACAGCAAGCUGGUCAUAUUGCAGGGACUUUAUUCAAUAUGUUGGCAUGGCUUUAAUAUAUUUGCCAGUGAGUUUGACAUUAGUGUUAGAAUGAUUUAGUUUCAUGAGGUAAGAUAUGGGACUAAGGUGUAUAUCUGUCUAUCUAUUUAUCUGUUUAUCCAUCCAUCCAUUUAUCCUUAUUCAUAUGUAACAACUUUUGCAAAUGACCAUAAAAGCAGUUGCUAUCUUUGUGCUGGCAAAUGCAAAUGCCAUUUCUGAAUACUGUAAGUGUAUUGAAAUACACUAUGUUGUAAACUGAGAGCACCCAUUCACAAAAUGCUUUUACUAGUUCUAAUAGCUCUCUCUUAUAUGCUGAAGUCAGGCUAAUCUAUCUCAUGGUGUGAUAUAUUUCAUGGUUUGCCUUUGUGAUUAGGCUAGUAUACUGUCUCGUACUGUACGUCCAAAUGUAGUUACUGUUUGUCUCCUUUAUUGGUAACAGCAGUCUUUUUUAAAACUUGAUGAAUCCCAUCUGAAGUAAAUUUUACUAGAAUAAGGGUAGUUUCCUGAUUGGACCUUUUAAUUUAUGCGUGAUUUUUACAUUCUAGGGAGAUCUGCAGUAAAUUUGAUUGUCCAGUUAUGUAACAGACCAAUUUUACCUUAACCAUACACUAUUUUUAUGAAAACUACUUUUCCAUUUCUUUUCUUUUUACUUAUAUUAUAAUUUUCAAAUCAUACUUUAUAACAGUAUACAAGUUUCUCCUAAUUCUUUCCAUUGGCCUUUCUUUUUACGUUUAUUAUCAAUACUCCUUUAUUGUAUGAAAAAAUUACAUGCCUAUAUUGAUUAAAGAAAGGAAAAGAAAGAAAAAAAAAAGAAGACAAGACCUUUACCAUAUUAAAAGAGUUUAUUAUUAGGUAGUAAAUGUGAUUUGGGAUAAAGUUUUAAUGUAAUCUAUGGUUAUGAGUAUUUCAGGUAUGUUUGUUAAAGGUUAAUAUGAUAAUUUGUAAAUUUAGCACAUGUAAUGAUACUUAUUUGAGGUGAUAUUGAUAAGAUAUAUAUUUAAUACUGUACUCCAUCCAGUUUUGAAACCUAAGAAUAUAGAUGUUAUUUGGAUAAUAAUGUCUUGUAGUAUGUGUAAUGUUUAUGAAAUAUAUUUGGAAUAUAUGUAUUUGUUAUGUAAGAUGGACAUGUGGUAAUUAUAAAGCUCUUAGAGUUGCAGUGCAGGAUACUAUUUAUAAAUAAUGCCAGUGGUAACAAUACCUUUUUUACUUUGUCUUACAAUGUUGUGUUAUACCACUUUUUUCCUCAAUUCUGUUGCAUAUUUCUGCUGUCUUUCGAGUGUACUUAUUAUUACAUUUUACUCAUUUCACUGGUGGUAACCAAUGGUUUGGGAAGGCAUUAAAAACACCAAUACACAUGAACUGGCUCUAUUAACAAAAAAAAAAAAGAGGAAUCAAAACAGAAUGACACUGGCAUGUGGUGAAUACAUUUGCCAAAAAAGUGGUGGGUGUUACAAAAAGUCAGCUAAACUCGUCGCAGGCAAGGUGGGCAGGAGCAUGGGCCACUGGCGUAAUCGGAUGAAAUAUCACAAGGGCGUUCCACCUUGCGACCUGGUGUGCACUCUGCUCUCUGUAUCUCUUCCAAGUACCACCUCGCAGAGUCCAGCACGAAGUCACAUGGCAGAUGAGGUGCGAGGAACAGUGGUGGGGACUGGUCCUGUAAGUCCGAUAGUUUGCUCGUUUGCUCCUGUUAGUGGCAGAAUGCAGAUGAUUUGGCGGUGCAACAGCUUACUACAGCAACACUUUUUCUAAAAUUAACUAGCUAAUUGAAUACUUCUGAAAGUAGAAAAUAUGAUAUUCUGUAAUAUUCCAAGUCACCAGACAUCAGAGUUGUCAGGAAACCUAAAAACAAAUAUUUACAAAAUAGGACAAAUAAUGUAAUAAAAAAAGACAGAUAUUAUCAAGAGGGUGCCAUUACCAUUGAUGCAUGUAAUGUUAAGUUUGUUGUCAUGGGAGGCUAUAUUUCCUGUUGGAACCAAUCUGGAAGAAGCAGUCAGUGAACAGUGAUUACCAUCUUUGUAAGAUAAACUAAUUCAUCCUGCCAUUGUGCAUUUAUUGAGAAUGAUACAGCAAUUUUUUUUAUGUAUAGAUACAGGUACAAUGUUGCUCUCAUUAGUGUCACCAUGGCAACCUACAUGCUACACAGCACAAUACUGACACGGCUCUGCUCUACAAAUUCCCUACCAAAACACUGUCCCAACAUUUAAUUUAUUUCCCCGAAGAGCACUGCAUACUGCGACUGUUAGAGAAAUGGCUGCAAAACUACCGUUGGUACCUGUAGAAGUACAGAUUCCAAAAAUAUUAGAUAUACCAUAAGCAGUACUAAGGCAUUAAUGGUGGUACUUUUACCAGUGGCCAACUCUGAUGUUAUGUAGUAAUGUUUCAUGUUGUAGAUUAGGGUUCUGUAUAGUUUCUGAUGAUUGGUAGAUGAAAAAGUUGGGAUUACAGCAUUUGAAGUAAAUUGUCAUGUUUAGUGUUGCUAAUUUCAUAUAUAUUUUUUCAUGUCUUAAAUAUCUAUGACAUCAUGUUGCUAUUUCUCAUGUAUGUGUAUUGUACUGAAUACAUUAUUCAUGAUACA